UAGUGUUGUGCAUUUUAUUUGAAGCAAGAGAAAGAAAAGGAAGUGGCAACGAACAUUAACGAAGGACACAUAGACGUCAUUCAAUCUAAUUUGUUUCUUCAUCUGUCUAAUUUCAAAGGCAAAAUAAAAAAGGUGUUCUUCUUCUAAGUUCCAAAUCUUCAACCACUGAGAGAGAGACACCCCCUCCGACAUUUUCUCUAUUCUUCAAGCAAACUCCUCGUUUCAGAUCUCUCUAUCUCUCUCUAGGGUUUCCCUUUCUCUCUCUGCUAUUUAUGAUCACACUCUGACGCGCUUCUCUCACCAAAUCAGGUGAUUCCGUCUCUUCUUCUUCGUCUCUGAUUGGAAGGAUUCCUGUGGUUGGAGAUGGUGGUUUCGGGGCCAAUCACGCCGGGGCAGGUGUCUUUCUUGCUGGGUGUUAUUCCAGUCAUUGUUUCAUGGAUGUAUUCAGAGUACUUGGAGUAUAGGAAGACCCCAUCUCCUCCCAAAGUCCAUUCGGAUACUCAUCUUGAAGAGUUGGGGAAGGAUGCAAUUAAGGAAGAUGAUCGAGCAAUUUUACUGGAAUCAGGGCUUACAAGAUCAGCAUCAGCAAAAUCCCAUCCGUCAUCUGUCAAAAUGAAUUUGAUUCGGUUUUUGACCAUGGAUGAUUCUUUCUUGUUAGAAAAUCGAGCAACUUUGAGAGCAAUGGCCGAAUUUGGGUUGAUUCUGUUCUAUUUCUACAUAUGUGAUCGGACCAACAUACUUGGAGAUUCCACCAAGAACUAUAGUCGGGAUCUUUUUAUCUUCCUCUACCUUCUUCUGAUUAUAGUUUCAGCUUUGAGUUCAUUGAAGAAACAUAACGACACAUCAUCAUUUUCUGGAAAAAACGUACUUUACCUUAAUCGGCAUCAAACAGAGGAGUGGAAAGGGUGGAUGCAGGUCCUCUUUUUAAUGUAUCAUUAUUUUGCUGCAACGGAGAUAUACAAUGCAAUACGUGUUUUCAUUGCUGCAUAUGUUUGGAUGACUGGAUUUGGCAAUUUCUCCUAUUAUUAUGUCAGAAAAGAUUUUAGCCUUGCACGUUUUGCUCAGAUGAUGUGGCGGCUUAACUUUUUUGUGGCCUUCUGCUGUAUUGUUCUUAACAAUGACUAUAUGCUCUACUAUAUAUGUCCAAUGCACACUCUCUUCACUUUGAUGGUGUAUGGAGCAUUGGGUAUAUAUAACAAGUAUAAUGAAGUUCCCUCUGUGAUAGCUGCAAAGAUUCUGGCAUGCUUUCUUGUGGUGAUCUUGAUUUGGGAAAUCCCUGGAUUCUUUGACAUAUUUUGGAGCCCAUUUGCUUUCUUUUUGGGUUAUACUGAUCCUGCAAAGCCAGAUCUCCCCCGAAUGCACGAGUGGCAUUUUAGAUCUGGGCUUGAUCGCUACAUCUGGAUAAUUGGAAUGAUUUAUGCUUACUUUCACCCAAAUGUUGAGAAAUGGAUGGAAAAAUUGGAAGAGAGUGAAACCAAAAGGAGAGUUACGAUCAAAACAGUCAUUGUUUCUGCUGCAGUAUUUGUGGGGUACUUGUGGUAUGAAUACAUAUACAAGCUCGACAAGGUCUCAUACAACAAACUCCACCCUUACACCUCAUGGAUUCCAAUUACUGUAUACAUUUGCUUGAGGAAUUUCACUCAGCGGCUUCGUAAUUUCUCUUUGACCCUCUUUGCAUGGCUUGGCAAGGUUACUUUGGAGACAUACAUUUCCCAGUUUCAUAUUUGGUUAAGGUCUAACAUGCCAAAUGGACAGCCCAAAUGGCUUCUUUGUCUUAUACCAGAGUAUCCUAUGCUCAAUUUCAUGCUUACAACUGCUAUAUACGUCUUUGUAUCUCAUCGACUUUUUGAAUUAACAAAUAUGCUUAAGACGGUGUUCAUACCAACAAAAGACAAUCGGCGGCUGCUGUAUAAUUUUAUUACUGGAAUUGUCAUUUCCCUUUCUUUGUAUUGCAUCUCACUUAUUCUGCUUCUGAUUCCUCAUUCAACGGUUUGAAAUUCAAGACACCAAAGAGAGAUUCCACAGACAGUUCCCUUUGGAUUGGCUAUGCUGAAAAAUGUGGAUUAAAAUACUGGGAAACGUGGAAUCUCUUUUCUGGAGCAAUGUUUCUGUAGUUGUGGGGGAAGUAGUAUUCUCCAAGAAGGCAUCAAAUAUAAACGUUGAGUGUUGGUUUGCAUCGGAGGUUGGCAGAUGAAAGGGGGAGAUUAAACUCGAAGGAAUUUGAACCAAUUUUCUAUAAAAUUCAUUUGUGCUCACACAUAAAAGGUAGGAUCGUGAUACAAAUCCGUCUUGGCUUCGAAGAAAUUCAAGAUUCAUUUCAUUACCUGUUCCUGUUCAAUUUUCAUUGCUAUUUUUUUGUCUUCUUCGUCUUUGAAGGAUAAGGAAAUAUAUGUAUAUUCUUUUUUACAAUCUUACCAGAAACGCGUUGUCCUACUCUUGUAACAAUAGUUUUGUUUAAUGGCUAUAAGUACAAGUAUAGUGUUCCCACUUUUUUUGGUUCAUUGGGGGUAGGAGUUGUGGGAAUAUUGUUCUCAAGCAUUAUCAGUUCUCCUAAAUAUUCUUUAAAGUAAUAAAACUACCGAAGUAUCUCUCAA